AUGCAUCUGGAGGUGGAGGUGAACCAGGCAAUGAACAAGUUGAUAUUCUCACUGACAUUGAACUUACGUGCAGAUGCUAGUACCUCAUGCAGCACCGUGGCGUAUUUGGACUGGGUGCCGUCGUACUUCAGAUCUUCCAGCAACCGACAGGUGUUGCACGAACUGCGACAGGAGGACGCAGACGCAUGCUGGUGUCUCGCUUGCCGCUGCUGGGCAUCCACACGCCCUAGCACCUCGCAGUGCUGCGAGCUGCGGCUUCGCUCAGAAGAAGGCCAGCAAAGCUGGGCCCUGUCAGCGCCGGAGGCGGAGGCCUUCCGCAACCUGGUCGACCAUCGCCGGAACAGUCUUCGACCUGUAGCGCAAUGA